AUGGCUUCUCAGGCUUCUGAGAUAUCAGCCUCAGGGACUAACAACGCUUCUAUAGGCUCGUUUGCAUCGAAACUUUCAUGGAAUUUCAAUGCCUUUUUCUACAUAGAUUAUCCCGAAAAACAUCUCCAAGCUGAGCUUGGCCCGAAGCGCAGAAAGACCAAGGGACACCGUGCUUACGUUUGUCUUCACUGUCAGAAUCCUCCAUGGUCAAAUCGAGUGCCUGGCAACGCUAUACACAAGGUUCCGAUCAACUACACCGAAACCCACCGGUCGAUCGAUUGGUGUAUUACUCAUACACUUACAUCAAUCAACCUGAACCCUCGACGUGAUCAACUACCCUACAUCGGCGACCCUGGUUGA